UCUGCCUGCAUCACACUUUGACAGGGUUCUCAUCAGAGGAACGAUCAGCGCCCCCCAGGAUCCAGCUGGGAACUUCGGUCAUUGAGAAUCAACAAACCAAAGAAAAUUAGUGUUUAUUUUUUAACCCGAGCGAGUUAUGGCAGCAGAUGACAAAAAGACCCUUAAGGAAGGACAAGGUGGAGUGGAAAAAAUGAACGGAGAAGCCAAAAACCAAGCAGGAGGGGGGCUCUGUGGGCCACACAGCGUCUUGAUCAGAGUUGAGGUGGACCGAGACGUUCCCAUGGCCGUGGCUCUGCCCAUUGAGCUGCAGGCAGACCCCACUCACCAGCGCUUUCCCUUUCUGGACACCACACUUGCUGACCUGGGCAUCCAAGAAUCAGAAGUGAAGGAGAGGAUCGUGUGGGUUGAUACCACAAAGACGCAGGUGAAGAACAAGGCAGGGAAGCUAAAGGAGAAGGAAGUCACCAUUUUGGAGGUGCACGUGAAAGCUCAGAAACCUGGAGAUAAAGAGCUGCAGGAGGUUCUGUACAGCACUGAGGCUCACACCGACCGCUCCUUCUGCCGCACAGGAAUGAACAUUCUGCCCUGGAAACAAACCCAUGCAGGUCUGGCUUCUGAAAUGGAAGGACGGACUGACGCCUGUGGCGAUGGCGUUGGGCUUAACCAAGAACCAGCAGCAGCCCGACUCCACUGAAAGUCAGGAGCAACGGAGGAUCUGAGAGCAUCAGAACCCCCAUCCUCUAACAGGGUUAAGAAAACUAUUAUUUGUAUUAUUUCAAAUGUCAGCGAGACUAACAAAAGUCCAAAAGCCCCAGAAUGAGCAGACACGAUACAAGCUUAAAGUUUGUGUUUAUUCAGGGGCUCCACAAAAUUUUUCUUUUCUACAAUAAAGUAAAGAAACACCAUUGAAAAUGUGUCACAGAAACAUUCAAACUAUGCCCUGCUUUUAUAAAACCUUUAAUAUAUUUGAUGUUUUGGCAUUUCUAUAUGUUUAACUAAACAGACGUUUGUAUAUGUGUUGCUAAGCUAAUUCUUUCCGAGUGAAAAUAUGGUCUGAAAUAAAGAGUUUUUCUAUUUUAGUAAGCCAGAGUAAAAACCCACAGCAACAGUUGUUAGACGUCAAUCAAAACACUGCAAACAGGGACAGAAUUCAAAGAUGGACACUGUAGUAGAUCUAGAAGUUCAUUCCAACAGAAUGUGGCUGAUGCCACAAACAUCACAGAAACUCCAAAUGCUAAAUACAGAAUGCUAACUAUUAAAAAUGA